AUGGAUCUCAUAGAUCUCUAUCAUGCGGACGACGAGCAUUUCGCAUCUCCGGACAUCAACGACAAUCAGGCUUUUGUGCACAAGUUCCCGAAUGGCGCUGAGAAGUUACGGAAAGCAUCCACAAAGAUGAAGAAACCACGAUUUGUACCAUGGGAGCCGUUCAGAGCGGCACCGAGCGCUGAUAGAAAAGGCCAGAUACCAGUGGACAUGCCGGAGUUGAUACCCUAUUCGACCAAACUACUCGAUGAAGAUUCCGACAGAUGUUCUUCUAAAGGCGAGCGAUUGGUGGACACACGAAGAAAUCGAACGAAUGAAAAGGAUUGUGACCGGUCUGAAAAGGAGAUCUACUUAGAAAAACAGCUGGUUGAGUUGAAAUCUGAAUUGGAAAUCGAGCGUAAGCUCAAUUCAGAGCUGAAGCGCUUGAUGGUAGCUACUAUUAGUGACGAACUUCAAGGACAAGUUGAAGCUUUAACGGAAGACAAGAUUCGUUUAGCGCACCGAGUGGAAGAGUACACGGAACGACUGUUACAUGAAGAUGAACAGGUUGAUCAAUUGCUUAUCGAUCGUGAUGUAUGGAAAUGUAAAUUCCUUGCGCAGUCGAUCCGUACGGAUGAACUCAAUAUUCGAUUAGAGUUCUUGCUUGGUAUGCUACGCGACGCUCAACGCGUUGUAAGAGAGAUGUGGUACGCUCUUUCUUUUUUCUCGUUUUCUGGAACUUCGACUUUCAUAUUUCAUCUCACCACGUCACGUAGAGCGCUUGAUAUUUUUUCCAAUGAAUUCAGUGACGGCGCUUCAAAUGUGAGUAAAGACGCCACUUAUCUUGCCAAUCUCGAUCUUGCAACAUUCUUCACUCGAUCGCCAUGUGACGAAAGAGUGCAGCGGAAGACGCCAAAUUACGCCAACGUCACGGUCUCGUGUUGUCCUAAAUGUUUUGGUCGUGAAAUUCAUUUACUCUGA